AUGGUUUUCAUUUUGGGCGUGAACUUCCCCGAGCGAAACCUCGUCAAGAAAUCGCUCGAGUCCUUCUUCGGCAUCGGUAACUUGACCUCGACCCGUCUCCUUGCCCGCUUCCACAUCCACCCAACAUGCAAGGUUGGCGACUUGGCGAACAAGCAGGUCCUCGAUAUCACGGCCGCCUUGUCCGAUAUGAAGAUUGAGAACGACCUUCGCAGACAGUACCUCGAUAACAUCAAGCGUCUGAAGGAGACGGGAACCUACCGUGGUCGGCGUCAUGCGCUCGGUUUGCCCGUUCGGGGACAGCGGACGAGGAGCCAGAUUAAAUCUGCUGUCAAGCUCAACCGUAUGGAAAGAAGACUGUGA